CGAUGCACUCCGGUCAGCCGUCUUGACCACGUCGGCCGAAAUGAUCAGCGCAUUGCCACGGAGACGGUGGCGGUGGCGGUGGCGGUGGCGGUGGCGGUCGUGGUGCUUUUUAGCCCGGUUUGGAACGAUUUUUCGACGAUACGCCCAGUGCUUGAAACCGGAUCCGAAGUGCCGGCCAGCGUGCGUUUCAAAGCGAGUCAACGAGGCGAUUCUAACCGACCCGCCGAGCCUGCGGCUCACACGACUGGAUGGUUUCCGGACCAGAACGAAAUUCCGCUCGCACCUACCGAUGAAUCUUCAGCGCAGCGUCUGACACCGCUGCCUCGGUCACCCGACAGAAUAGACGUCAUCGAAACUGGCUUGUUGGCUGGUUGGUUGUGUGAAGAAUGA